AUGUCGACCCCCGGAAGAACAAUCGCCAACCUGCGCAAGAACUAUUUCCGCCAAUUGCUGUACAUCGGUGACACCAAGCAUGGUCGUCUCGUAGGCGAAGACAAGGCCGGCAACAAGUACUUCGAGAACAACGACGAACUUCCCCUGCGUACGCGCUGGGUGGACUUCAAGGUGCACGACUACGACUCGGCGCAAGUUGAGCCUGGCUGGCACGCUUGGUUGGGGUACAUGGUCGACAAGCCGCCCACCGAGGACGCCCUUCUCCAGACCAAGACUCGCAAGUGGGAAGUGCCACACGUGCUUCCCAACUUCACGGCUACCCCGGGAGCCUACAAGUCAUACAACACAGUGAAGCCCAAGAUUCGUUCGUGGGAGCCCAAGGCUGUUGAGAGGCAAUGA